GUGAACAAUCCUACGCUUGGCGAAUUCUGCUUCGCAAUGAUAGAAAGAGCCAACAUCGAAGGAUCAAAAAGCAACGUCGCUAAGAACGCUUGGCUGCCACAAGCCAGUUAUCCCUUUAGUAACUUUUCUGACACAUCUUGCGCUCUAUGGACGACACAAAAGGAUCGAUUGGCCUUGCUUUCACACGGAUCCCUCCUACUGAAAAGCAUCCAGCUUUUGCCCUUUCGAUCUACCAAGGGUUUCUCUCCCUUUUGA